AUGUUGGAAAAGCAGGGCGCCUUCAGCUUCAGACGUCGCAUCUCCACCGCACGACUUGUUGUUCGCCGAGUCGCCGCCUACAAUUCAUCCGAGCCCACCUCCAAUCGCACAACGGCUCUCCGCGCUCCCUAUCUGUGGACGAACGUUGUUCUAUGUUCUAUUCCUUGGAAAAAGAUCAUGCUCGAACGAUCAAAAGGUGCUUUGAUUCAUUUUGAUUUUUCUACAGACUUCGGAGAAACAUGUGUGACUCUACAUACCAGUCUUCGUUUAGCUAUGGAGAAUCUGCACCGUAUGAGGGGCCUAACGUUAUGGGGCCCAAUUGUACCUCUAUUGUCCGACUCUGACACUCCUGCUCCUACGCUUCGAAUUCUGACACUAAUCUAUCACGUCCCCGUGAUAGAUGGAAGGCUGCCAGAUUCUUUCUUUGCCCACAUAUCUCCGGGGUUGCAAGAGCUCUGCCUCAAUGGACUGGGUAUAUCCCCGCACUCGCCUCUCUUUGGAAACAUGUUCACAGGUCUAACGUCCCUGACACUUAUACCGUGCAGAGUUGAGCACGGGUGGACUCUGGUUCAACUACUCACCGUUCUAGAACGAACACCAUCAUUGAUAUCACUAACUCUGGACGAGGUUCUAUCCAUACUUCCUGACGACUUGUCCCUUCACUCAGCAGUCGCCCUAAACCCCGUAAAUCUUCCGCACCUGCAGUCACUUCGUUUUGAACAUCACCGCCUCGUUGACUGUGCUAACCUCAUGCAUCACCUGGAGAUCCCGCCAUCUACAACCAUCAAUCUAUCUACAAUUGUCACUUCUAGGAUCGCGUUAACUCUCCCUCAGCCAGUCUUACCACGACGCAACUUGAUGUACAAUGCCCCUGGAGUGCCUCUGCCAUUGCACAAGUUUCAAAUCAUGCAUGAUGACUACAACCCGGCGAUUCAAACCACCAUCUACUUUUCUUGUUCUCCUACCGGAAAUCAAGAGGGGAUGUUCUCCUUACAUCUUGAGCCAGAAGGUUUUGAACUAUCCGCUUCGGACGUUGUCACUGUCUGCAAGGAUCUAUGGCUCGAGGACGUCCACUCCCUCUAUCUAUCAAUUGGCAGAAAGAGCUUCGAUUAUGCUACGGUGUUUGCACUGUUCCCAGCAGUUGACAAACUCAGUGUUCGCCAUUCUGCGUGGCACGACAUUGUCAAGGCGCUGGCAAGCGGGUCUGCAGAUGGUUCAGAUGCUGUGCAGUUGCUGUGCCCUCACCUACGCUACCUCGAGUUUUACUGCACGAAGUUGGACUGGUUGUCCAGGAGCAUAGACGUGGAUGAGAACUUCUUCGAGAUGUUAGCGACAGUGCUAGAAGUGCGCAGAGCUUGCGGAAUGGAGUUGGACAGGCUACUCAUUUUUGGAGAGGAAAUUCUCUGUCGGGAAGUAGCAGACCUGCGAAUGCUACGGAAGCGAAAGAUACUGAAGGAGUAUAUCUAG